GCACCAAAGUCUACAAAGCAGUAACUAUAAGUCUAUUGACUAUUCAUAUUCUACGCACGAAAAUUCCACCAAAACACAACGCAUGCGCAAUUUACAUAACACCUCUCAUUAUUAUUCAUCGAACAGCACAUCACAGCACACCUGCCUAAAGCCAAAUCUCACUCCCAAAAUCUCUCUCUCUAGCUCCAAAAACCACUUCAAUAAAUUAGAUCUCAAACCAAAAAAAAAAGCGGUUUCUGUUCUUCUUUCAUGAAAUGGGCUUUGAACUUGAAGAAGGGUUCGAUCUUGAUCUCGAUCUUCUUUGGGAUUUGAAUUGAAAUGCAGCCGAAUCUGUUCCCGUUCGGCACUGUUUUGGGAAAUCCGUACUUGUUCAAUGGCGAUUUGAGCGAAGGGCUCGAUAGCUCUAGGAUUUUCUUCUUGGUCCCGUUUUUGUUGUUCCAAGGAGGCGGAAUGGAUUUGUCCAAGGUCGGCGAGAAGAUUCUCAGUUCCGUUAGGUCCGCCAGAUCGCUUGGACUUCUUCCUUCUACUUCUGAUCGCCCCGAGGUUCCUCCUCGAGCUGCAGCAGCAGCAGCUGUUGCUCAUGCUCUUGCAGGGCUGCCUCUGCAUCAGAGGUUUAAUUUGUCAUCAAGUUCUGAAGAGCUGAGAUCAAUAUAUGGAAUUGGAACCAGAUCUCAAGGUCAAGUUCUAGAGUUAGAGGAAGACUUCUAUGAAGAGGACUUCGAUCCAGUUAGGCAUAUUUUAGAACAUAUUCCGUCUGAUGAAAAUGACCUGACAUUUUUUGAGAAACAGGCAGCUCUUAGAUUAGCACAACUGGAUAAAGUAGCAGAACGUUUAUCCCACCAUGUUAUGGAGCAUCAUGAAGUAAUGGUGAAGGGGAUGAAUCUAGUCAGGGAAUUGGAGAAAGACUUAAAGAUUGCAAAUGUCAUCUGCAUGAAUGGAAGAAGGCACCUGAACUCAUCAGUGAAUGAGGUUUCAAGGGAUCUCAUUGUAAAUUCUAAUUCCAAAAAGAAACAAGCUCUUCUGGACUUGCUUCCAAUUUUAAAUGAGCUUUGUCAUGCACUAAACAUGCAAGCAGCACUUGAAUCACUUGUUGAGGAAGGAGAUUAUUGCAAGGCAUUCCAAGUUCUAUCCGAGUAUUUGCAGCUCUUAGAUAGUUUUUCAGAGCUGUCGGCAAUACAAGAGAUGAGCCGUGGCGUAGAGGUUUGGCUUGAAAAAACGCUUCAAAAGCUGGAUUCCCUUUUACUAGGAGUUUGCCAGGAGUUCAAACAGGAGGGCUAUAUAACUGUAGUUGAUGCUUAUGCAUUAAUUGGGGAUGUCUCUGGUCUUGCUGAAAAGAUACAAAGCUUCUUUAUGCAGGAGGUUCUUUCAGAAACACAGACUGUGUUGAAGAAUAUAGUGCAAGAGGAUCAGGAAGUACUAUUGCAAAAUACUAGACUUACCUACAGUGAUCUAUGCCAUCGGAUACCUGAAUCUAUGUUUAGACAGUGUUUGUUAACAACACUAGCUGUCCUAUUUGGGUUGAUGUGUUCUUAUUAUGAAAUUAUGGGCUUUCAGCUGGACAAUAAGGAUUCAGCAGACCAAACUUCAAGUAUGAAACAGAAGGAAAAAGAUAUCCUUUGGAGUUCUGGAGAGGUUCAACAAAUUGAUUCAGAUACUAAAAAUUCUUCCAACUGCCAAGGAGUCAACAGCUCUCUCUCUGAAUCUGUAGACAGAAAGCCUGGUUCAUCUAUGGAGGAAUCUACAACCAACGGCUGUUUGGUUGAGACUAAUAGAACUACUCAAUUUUCUAGUUUGGAUUCUCAAGAUAUAGUUGAUGAGACUAGAAGGGAUGACAGUACAGCAUCUAGUAGUGGAUCCCCACAGUAUCAACUGCGGAAAGAUGCUACAGAAUUUGUUUCACAAAUGCUUCAAAGAGGUCGGAAGAAUCUUUGGCAACUCACAACUAGUCGUGUAUCUGUCUUGCUUUCUUCCACUGCUGUUUGUUCAACAAGCAUCCACCAAUUUUUGAAAAAUUAUGAAGAUCUGAAUGUCUUCAUCUUGGCUGGGGAAGCCUUCUGUGGUGUUGAAGCAGUUGAGUUCAGGCAGAAGUUAAAGGGCGUUUGUGAAAAUUAUUUUGCAGCAUUUCAUCGGCAAAAUAUUUAUGCACUGAAAAUGGUGUUGGAAAAGGAGAAUUGGCUGAAAUUGCCACCAGAUACAGUCCAAGUGAUUAGUUUUGCGGGGCUUGUAGGUGAUGGAGCACCCCUAAUCGUUCCAUCUGUUGGAAAAUCAAGUAAUGCCAGGGUGCGUUCUUCUGAUAAAUCAGCCAGCUUAGUUGAUGCCAAUGCAAAGAAGAGUGGAUUUUUACAUUGGCUUAAAAGUGGAAAUCCAUUUUUGCUAAAAGUAACACAUAAUUCCAAAGAAGGUCGCAAUUCUUCCCUACUUAAUGGGGCUGUCUGCAGUGAUUUUGAUGGGAAUAAUAGUGAAAAUUCUCAUGAUGAUAAGUUCUCUCCACGAAAGAAUGAUGUAAAUCAUACUAAUGGCCCUAAUUCUAUAUCUGAAGAUGAAAAUGAAGAUCUUCUUGCAGACUUUAUUGAUGAGGACAGUCAACUUCCUAGUCGAGUUUCUAAACCCAAUGUUUCAAGAAGUGACCCUGCCCAUUGGAAAGAUGUAGAGGUUACAGCUCAAACUGGAUCCUCUGUUUGUCUUCUAAGGUCAAUGGAUAAAUAUGCAAGGCUUAUGCAGAAAUUAGAAAUAGUCGAUAUCGAGUUUUUCAAGGGGAUAUGCCAGUUGUUUGGCAUUUUUUUCUAUUUUUUAUUUGAAACAUUUGUUCAGCAAAACCCCAGUUCAAGUGGAAAGAGCUUCACUGAGUCUCUUAAUUAUCGGCUAAAGACGGCCUUGUCCAGAAUAACACAAGAUUGUGACCAGUGGAUAAAACCCCCAUCUUCUUCACCCACAUCGUUGAGCACAUCAUUUAUGCAUGCAGAUAUUUCACCUACCAGUCCUCCCAGUACAAAAUUUGGUCACCUCCCAGGAACAAGUUUUGGUCUCAAGGAAAGAUGUGCAGGUGCUGAUACUUUGUUUCUUGUUGCCCGAAUACUGCAUAAAUCUAAAGCUCAUCUCCAAGUGAUGCUUCUGCAAAAUAAUGCAACUAUAGUUGAAGAUUUUUAUGUGCAUGUGGUGGAUGCUGUGCCGGAUCUUGUAGACCAAAUUCAUAGGACAACUGUGAAACUUCUUCUUCACAUUAAUGGGUAUGUUGAUCGGGUUGCCAAUGCUAAAUGGGAAGUGAAAGAGCUUGGACUAGAGCAUAAUGGGUACGUUGACUUAUUGUUGGGAGAAUUUAAGCACUUUAAAACAAGGCUUGCUCAUGGGGGACUACGCAAAGAGGUUCAAGACCUCCUCUUAGAAUACGGACUUGAAAUUGUUGCGGAAACUCUUAUUGAAGGUCUAUCACGAGUGAAAAGGUGUACUGAUGAGGGACGAGCUCUGAUGUCGUUGGAUCUUCAGGUUUUAAUUAAUGGCUUGCAUCAUUUUGUCCCUAUAGAUGUGAAGCCUAAAUUACAGAUGGUCGAAACCUUUAUUAAGGCAUACUACCUACCUGAAACUGAAUAUGUAUACUGGGCACGGACUCACCCUGAAUACACUAAAAGUCAAAUUGUUGGGCUAGUCAACCUUGUUGCGACGAUGAAAGGUUGGAAGAGAAAAAACAGGUUGGAUGUACUGGAAAAGAUAGAGUGAGCUGGCAUGCAACUUCAGUUACACCGUAUUUUUUGUGGUUCUUUAUACUAAUGAUGUAUAUUGGAUGGUAUUCUGAUCUUCAUUAUGUAGAGUGUAUCUUGAGGUUGUAUAUCUUCAGAUUUCUUAGUACAUAUCUGAGCUUGUAACAUAUGAUCAUCCCUUCUUCAAGGGAAAAUCAAAUGUAAUUUUAGAUCACAUAAUAGUUGAAAUAAUGAGUUUACAUUGAUAUAGUCAAGUUUCGAUCCCAUGUUCUCUUGCAAAUGAGGGAGAGGCACAUUUCUGUAUUUGUAUUGAAUGGAACACAAAAUUUUGUGCAUCA